CCGCCACGUAAACAAUUCCGAGUCGACUCGUAGCAAAAUCGGAGGGCAAAAUACACCGCGAUCUUUCCCGUGUUUCUCCCAAACAAGUGACGAAUCCCUACUAACGAAAUCAUUCCUGCCAGCCAUCCUCUGCCAACAUCCCCGUUCACGUCUUCAGGAGGCGAGAGAUUCUUCCCAAGGUUUCGAAAAAGGGCGACUGAAGCACUCUGGCAACAAUGCAGAAGAAGAGGUCAGCUGUGUGGAGGCAUUUCCAAGAGGUUGGGGAAAACAAGGUGAUGUGUCGGACUUGUCACAAGCACCUUACCAAGCACGGAAACACCUCCAUGAUGCUGCGUCAUCUACGAGGCAAACACCCUGAACUCACACACUGCCUGCUGGAAGCUGAUGGACCAACAGGGGAAGGUGUUUCAUGGCAAAUUGAAGAGCAACCUGUGGAGGAAGUGGUUGAACCCAUCCCCAUCUAUGAGGGCCAAGGUUUGAAAAAGAAAAGGUCUACAGUUUGGAGGCAUUUUGCAGAGGAGGGCACUGAUAAGGUCAGCUGCCGCAUCUGCCAAGAAAAGUUGGCCAAGCAUGGAAACACAUCCUCGAUGCUGCGGCACUUGCGAGGGAAGCACCCACAGCUCAAGCUUGGGGAGCUGCAAGGUGAUGGAAACAGGAAAUGCAAUCGCCUUCACCUAAAGGCAAGUAACACAGAAUCGCGCUUCCUGGCAGUGUGUGAACGCUUGUUGCAGCACAACCAGCUCACAGACUGCACACUCAUGGCAGAUGGCCAGUUUGUUCAAGCCCAUCGAUUGGUUCUGGCUACUUGCAGCGACAGCUUUGAAGAACUAUUCAAGACGGUGACCCAUGCCAAUCCUGUGGUAGUUCUUAGAGACAUCACAAUCCAGGAACUUCGUGGCAUUCUUAAUUACAUGUAUAAAGGAGAGACUCUGGUCAAGUCACAUGAACUUCCAGGCCUUCUCAAAGCAGCUGCACAGUUGAAGAUUAGAGGCCUCAGUCAAGUGGGACUGUCUGACUCAUGGAUGGACGAUUCAAGGGCGGACCUAGACCAGGAGCACCACAUGACGGCCACUGGGGCCACAAAGCAGGAUCUCACUUUCUAUGACCCAGAUUUGGAGGAUGAGGAUGAGGAUGACCUUGAUGAGGAGGAGGAAGAUCACAGAUUGGAUCAUUCAGGACAAAGAAAAAGAAAUGCCCAGACCUAUGAGCUUAUGGCGGUGUGUGAGGACGUGGACCUGGACAGCAGCCACCGAAGCAGUAUGUCACAGCAGGACGAUGUUCAGCAGCUCAAGAGAGUUCAGAUCAAGCUGGAAACAGGCACAGGCGAAAGUGACUCAGAGGAUCAAGAUGUGGAUCUUCAACAGCAAGAGGAUGACGACAACAACGUGACCCACUUCAUCCCCAUGCAGGAAGAGGUUAUCAUCCACCAAGAGGCCAUGGAGAUGCACGAGGGAGAUGAUGACGAGCAAAGCCCCAACCAGGCUGUAAGCAUUGUCAGUGAAGACCCUCUGGCCCAGGCUGUCAAGGUGACUCAGAGGACUGGUGAUGUAGGGGCAGAGAAUGUGGCCAGCCUAAUUACCUCUUCUGCCGUGUUAGAUUUAGCCACUUCCCAGCAUGAUGCUACAGCCAUGUUAGACAUAACUGGCACUCAGCUCACUGCCUCGGCCAUGUUAGAUAUAAGAACUGCUGAGCAUGCUGCAACCACCCAGGCUGCAAUAGAUGAUGAAGGUAUGAUAUUGCUUGGCUUGACGGAAGGCGAAUCACAAAAUCGCAUUUACACUACAGCCAGCUCUUCCCUUGAGGCUUCCACAUCACGCUCUACACGACCAGAACCACCUCGAAGGGUGCGGAAAUUUGCCAAACAGGAUCUUGUUACAGCACUGAACUUGGUACAUGAUGGUCACCUUGGUAUCAAGCCUGCAGCCAAAGCCUUCAACAUACCUAUUGCUACCCUGUACAAUGCUAGCAAGAGGCAAGCCGCAAAUGCCAUUGAGCAACAAACUACUGUGUUUAGGAAGAAACAGCUAUAGAUAUAGGAGAAUUGUGGGAAGCAAGUAAGAUGAGUUUAAAUACAGCAGGGUACAUAAGAUAGUAUUAGUCAUUUUUUUUUUUUUUUUUUUUUUUUAUUAUUACUUACUGCUAUCAGUGUUAUCACAUAUCAUUUAUCUUUUUUUAAU